GCCCACAGAGCCCUGAGUGUUAGGUUGCGCAAGGGGCUGCAGUUUCAGUUUGUUUUAUUCACCAUUUUGUGUAGCUGAAGGUAAAAUAUUAAACUAAAAGCCUUCAGAGCAGCACAGCUUUCCACACGCUUUUAUUUACUUUUGCGAUUCCGGGGGAAAAAAGGGGACGUUUUAGUUUUUAUGCGACGUUACGUUGAGCGUGUCAGUUGGUGAAGCUAUUUUUAAUUUUCUUAAAAAAAGAAAAAGAGCAAAAACCUCCACAGUGUUCCUGCAAAAAUGUCAAGACCAGUGAGGAAUAGAAAGGUGGUGAAUUAUUCACAGUUCAACGAAUCUGAUGAUGCAGAUGAGUAUGAACAAGACUCGGACAAGCCUAAGAAGGUGCGCGUAGCGCCGCGUGAAAUCAAGCACAAGAAGUCCAAGAACUCACAGGAGGAAAGUGAUGACUCUGAUGACAAACACUCCAAACCUAAAAACGAUUCAGCAGAUGACUUCGGUAGCGAUGAAGACAACGACUUUGGAGAGGAGGAGGAAGAAGAAGGAGGAAGCGAUUAUGAAGCCAAAAAGGGGAAGAAGGGGAAGAAAGGCAAAGUGGAGAAGUCUAGUAGAAGGUCGCUGAAGAGGAAACGGGAUUCGGAUGAGAGCGAUGAGGAGAAGGAGGUGAGCCGGAAGCCCAGGCAGGUGAGACAAGCCGCCUCCAAGGCUGCGUCCAAACAGAGAGAGAUCCUGCUCGGGGACCGAGGGAGUGAGGAUGAGGAUAAAGAUGAAGAAGAGCACGCUUACAUGGACCAAGAGUCCGGCAGUGAUGAGGACUUCAUGGUGGACGAUGACGACGACAGCGACUACGGCCAUUCCAAAAAGAAGGGCAAGAAAGUGAGCCAGAGGGGACGCAAGGUGGAGAGGAAGGAGAAGAAAUCGCCCAAGCCCAGACUAAAGGCCACAGUCACCCCGAGCCCCAUGAAGGGAAAGGGCAAAGGUCGCCCGAGUGCAGCGAAGGCUCUGGAGAAAUCCUCACCUAAAGAGGAGGAGGAGCCUGAGAGCCCGCCAGAGGAUGAGGAGGAGGACGAGGUGGAGAAGAAGAGCUCACCGCCGCCGUCCACCAAAAAGAAGAACACCACCACCACCACCCCUGAUGAUGAGGAGGACGAGGAAGAGGAGGACGGUUCAGAAGAAGACGCGGCGUCUGGGGAAGAUUAGCCACCUCGCUUCUCCUUCGCUUUCUCUUCAUUUUUCUCUUUCUUUUUAUUUUUUUCCCCCUUUGGAGGUUUUUUUUUCUCUCUCUGUGGUGACCUGGCUUUUUUAAAAUCCCUAUAGUUUCUGUAUCACAAAACCACAUUGUCCCAGGAUGCAUCAGACUGCGUGUGUGUGUGUGUGUGUGUGUGAGAGAGAGAGAGAAAGGUGUGUGUGUUUGUUUUGUUUGUUUAUUUAUAGGUAAGCUCUGUAAGGAAAGCCCGACGCUCCUCCAUUGCUAAAGGGCUGCUGCUCUAACGGUUCCUCUUGAGUUCUGUUAUCAUCUCCACAGAGUUCCUGGUGUUUCCCAGCGUUGGUCCUGCUGUUUUUCCUGCUCUAACACACUUUCCUUAACCUUUUUUUUUUUUUUCCCUCCCCAGAACUAAUCGACUGAUGCCUCGUGUAAGCCCCGCCCCCUUUCUCCACAGCUCCUAUGAGUAACCUUUCACCCGCUGCUUGAUUUUCUGCUUGAAAGAUGCAAACAAGCAGGUAAUAUUUCCUGAGUAGUGUGAGUAAGGUUGCCAGAUCACUGAAAUUUCAGGUUACACCUAAUUACAGUUUUAAAACCUUUUCCAACUGAUAAUAUUUAACAGUUAUUCCACGAAGUCGAGUCGUACAUGAGCUGAUGGCCGGCGAGGCGCGUAGCACCGAGUCGUCUAUAACCCAUGUACGAUGAGAUUGAGUGGAGUAACUUUUUGUUUUAUUCUCUCCACAUUCACUGGAUUUUAAGAAACGGAGGUUUUUUUAAUUUUUCUGCAAAUUCAAUAAAUAAAAACUUCAUACAAAA